AUACUGAUAGUUUUUAUGUGUCUGCUGGUUUUAGAUAGGACCCUGAACAAACCCCUGGGAGCUCUCACCUCCCAUGUUUGCAUUUUGAUAAACUUCUGCAGGGUGUGGGAUAGGAGAUGCUGGAACCAAAUGACUGCAGCCCUUUUCUGCUAUUUCCUCCUGCAGCUUUAUAGCCAACUGCAACUAAAGCAUUCAGUGAUGGCAUUGGGGUCUGAACGUGCAAGUGUGGAUCCCUUAAGUCAGGUGGACUCAGACAGAAUCCAGAAAUUGGCUAGUCUCAGCCAGGACUCCGGAGCGAUGUCGCAACAGCUCCUUUACCGAGCUCUGGUGUCUGCAAAAUGGCUUUCAGAAGCUAUCAAGUCCCAGCAAGCUGGCCUGGCCUUGAGAAUCGUGGAUGCAUCCUGGUAUUUGCCAAAGAUGAAGCGUGAUCCAAAGCGAGAGUUUGAGGAGCGCCACAUCCCCGGUGCGGUUUUCUUCGACAUUGACCAGUGCAGUGACCGAACCUCACCUUACGAUCACAUGCUGCCUAAAGCUAAUGACUUUGCUGAGUAUGUGGGGAAGCUGGGUGUGGGGAAUGAUUCCCAUGUUGUGGUGUAUGAUGGCAGCGAUCAAGGUCUCUUCUCAGCACCUCGGGUAUGGUGGAUGUUCCGGGUCUUUGGACAUGAAGCUGUCUCCCUUCUGGAUGGUGGCCUGAAGAACUGGCAGCGAGAGGGGAAUGCACUUAGCUCUGGGAAAACCCAGGUAGCUCCAUCUGAGUUCCAUGCCUCCUUGGACAAGUCCCUGGUGAAAACAUAUGAGGACGUCUUAGAUAACUUGGAUUCCCGUCACUUCCAACUAGUGGAUGCCCGUGCUGCGGGACGGUUCCGAGGAGUAGAGCCAGAGCCCCGAGAUGGAAUUGAGCCUGGUCAUGUCCCUGGGUCGACAAGCAUCCCCUUCACUGAUUUUCUCACAGAGUCUGGCUUAGAGAAGACCCCUGAGCAGAUCCGCACUCUGUUCCAGGAGAAGAAGGUGGACCUCUUAAAGCCAGUGGUAGCCACAUGUGGCUCUGGGGUCACUGCCUGCCAUGUGGCUCUGGGGGCCUACCUCUGUGGCAAGCCAGAUGUUGCAGUGUACGACGGGGCCUGGGUGGAAUGGUACAUGAGGGCACAGCCUGAAAAUAUUAUUUCUGAGGGAAAGGGGAAAACAGUGUAAUGAGGUGCAUUGUUUCCCAGCUGUGCACGUAGCUUGCCUUGAAAUAGGAUUUGGAAAAGAUGGGUUUAGCAUUCCUGAUUAAGUGUCUUGAGAUGAAGGCAUUGGAUCACAAUCAUGCGCACAUGGUGCUUUGGCACUUUCUCCUUACCCUGCUGCUGCUUAGGAGGAUGAAGAGGACAGCAGUUUUGGGCAGCCAGCUCUAGGUGACCCUGCUUGAGCAGAUAGGGUGGAACAGAUGUCCUCCCAAGGUCACUUCCAACCUCAACCAUUCUGUGAUUCUGUGACCAUUUCACCGUAUCAGAUGGAUGGCAGAGAGUGCUGCUGCCAGCAUGGGGAAUUAAUUGAGUUAAGCCAAGCUCCUGACUCAAAACAUUCAGUCAUGCUCAUUCAUGAGAUGGUCAUAUUUAUAUAACUGUGCCUCAUAAUCAUGCCCUCUGCUUCUGUCCCACCCAUGCAUGUUAUGGCCACUUUGAGUGCAAAACUUUAUGGAAAGAGAUGACUCUUAAAGGAGCAAGUAUAGCAUUCAGGUUGGCACUUAGGCUAGAGACUUGAAUUGUAUUUCUUCUUGUACUUGGACUCUAAUUACAGUGUGUACUUAGCCAGUCUUGUAGCCCCAUGGUCCAAAAUCCCCCUUGAGAAAAAGAAAUUAUUCUGGGAUUUAAACAAUGUAAAUAAACAUGUUUCAAAGUC